AUGUUCAAUCCUAACGCCGCAGUCUUUCAAGUACACAAGGAUGCCAGCAGCCGCGCGCUGUCGGGCAUAUUAUUACAAGGUGACACCGCGACGUCGUUACAUAUUGAUAACAUCCAAGCCGCUAGGGUGCACAAUGAGUAUUGUGUAUUAGUGUAUUGUAUUAACAUUAUUUCAGAAGUGGGAUUCGGAUUGAAGAACGUAGUGCGAGUGUUGUGUCAAAAUUCGGCUGGGUUGGAAGAACUCGGGUGUACUUCGUUGGUCAAGAUGGAUAUUGUAGAAGUGCCUGGGAGCAAGCCAGUAGUAUGCAGACCAAAUAUUGUGUUGAGUGGGAAUCAGUUACCGUAUUCAAAUGAUGGCUUACCAUCAAGUAAAAAAGGGAACACCUUUUAUCACUGUAAAGCAUGCUUAGUAGAUGGAGUAGCUGGUAAAUCAGAGAUCGGAAAGCAUGCCAAUGGAAAAAAACAUAUAAAAAAUGUAGGAAAGGCUAAGAACCAGAAUAUAGGUCAAAUGUUCACACAGAAAAGCAAAUUGGAAAAUGAAGUAUAUAAUUAUAAUAUAAUACUCUGUUUGGGAAUUGGUGGUAAACCAUUUCGUGGGCACACUAAAAAAACUAAUGAUGUACAUAAAGGACUAUUUUUGGAUGUUGUCAGGCUAUUGCGCAAGUAUGACCCACUUAUUGAAAAGCAUUUUGUAUCCGGACCUCAAAAUUCUCUUUAUACAAGUAAUCGAAUUCAAAAUGACCUUAUUGAAUCUAUUAAUCAAGUUAUUAAAAGACAAUUUAAAAAUACAAUACCAAAUAAAAAAGUAUCGUUGAUAGCUGAUGAAACGAGUGACUUGGGCCACCACGAGCAGUUAUCAAUUGUUAUACGAUAUUAUGAUUCACAAAAAWAAUGUCCAUACGAACAGUUCAUUUGUAUGAAACGAAUGACUCAAGUAAACGCUCAAAGUAUAUUUGAUGUAUUGAGCGAUAUUAUUUGUGAGUAUAACAUACAGUGGGAAAAUUUGGUUUCAGUUUGCUUUGAUGGAGCUUCAACCAUGUCCGGCAGUACUGCAGGUGUACAGACAAAAUUUAAGGAAAAAAAUUCAAGACUAUAUUUUGUACAUUGCCUAAAUUUAGUUCUGGUUAACUCCAUUGGAAAGGAUAAUAGAGUUGMAUUUGACUUUUUUGGAUACAUACAGUUGAUAUACACUUUUGUUGAGGAUAGUUGUAUGCAUCAUGCAGUUUUUGAAAAAAUAGUUAACACUACAAAUGUAAAGCUUAAAACUUUGAAGUCCAUUUCAACUACCAGAUGGGCAUGCCGUUCUGAAGCGGUUAGUGCCAUAAAGGCUAACUACUCUUCUCUUUUAAUUGCAAAUGAUGAGAUUACUGACUCGACUAAUCAAGCAGAUGUAAGAGCCAAGGGUUUAGGUAUCUUAUCGCAUAUGAAAAGUUUUGAUUUUAUAUUUGCCUUGGAAUUACUAGAUCCAAUUCUUUGUUUAGUAUUAAAAACCAGUACAUGUUUACAAUCAUCUACUAUAAAUUUAUUGACUGCAAUGCAACUUGUUGAAGAAUUAAAAAAUUCGUUAAAUUCAAUGAGAAACAAUGUUUCAAAUUUUGAUAUUAUUUACAAAAAUUCUGUUAGAUUUUGUGAUGAUCAAAACAUUGAUAUACCUGUCAAAAGACAAAGAAAAAUUUCCACAAAGAUAGAUUGCUCAAGUCACACACAACAUUACUUUACUAAAGAACAAGAAAUGAGAAAAGUCUAUUACAGUACAUUAGACAAUAUGAUUUCUGCUUUAAAUAUCAGGUUUAAUCAAGAAACAAUUGAUAUAAUAAAAAGUGUUGGUAUGUUAUUAACCCUUCAAAUUAGUAGUGAUGAUAUUAACAUAUUAACAGAUACAUUUGAUCUAGACAGUAAAGUUCUAAAAACCGAAAUUGACCUACUAAAACAUACUAAUGGUAUACUAAAURAUGGACAAAUAAAUAUUGAUAAAUGGAUUAAAUGGCUAACUGAACCUUAUAGUGGAAGAGAAACUAUAUAUUUUAAUUUUUUUAAAGCUUUGCAAAUAUUUAUGGCUAUUCCAGUUACAAGUUGUACUUGCGAAAGAACAUUUUCAAAACUUAGCAUAGUUAAAACAAAGCUCCGCAGUACAAUGAAGCAAGAACGUUUGGACGGACUUUUGACAAUGUUCAUCGAGCAAGAAUUGGCGUACAAUAUCAAUGUCGAUGAGGUGAUUGAAACAUUUAAAACUUUAACUCCAAUUGAAAGACGAAUGGAGUUAUGA